AUGGCGAACGAACCCACCAGUCAUCAGGUCGCUGAAGACCUCGAGACUUCUACCUUGGAGGCUGCCGGCUGCGAGAGCGAGUCCCUCGACGUAGAACAAGAGGGAACAACACUAAGCUCCAUCGAAAAGAGCCUCACCAUCUGUUUUUCCAUUCCAUCCAACUACAGCCCGAGCUGGAAUACCUCAUCAGCCUUCCGUGAGCUUGUGCAAAACUGGAGAGACGGCAUCGUUCGAUCAUUCAACCUGAAAGAGACGCAGUUUCACGUUGUUAAAGAAAACAAGUCGACCGAUCAGAAAGACGAAAUACUAUUCAAGGCACUAAAAAAAGCUCCUGGAGUUCCUGAUCAUGAUUCCUGCAUGGGUUUCAUCCGGUUUUUCGGAGGCAUCAUCGAAAUCACCAAUCGGGCCGCGUCCCUGCAGCCAAAACACCUAGACUUUGGGCAAAGUGACAAAACGCGGGACGACAGUCAAGCUGGUUUCCACGGGGAAGGCUUGAAACUCGCUCUAUUGGUUUUCUUACGCCAAAACUUUCGCGUCCGUUGCAUUAGCGGCAACACCACAUGGAACUUCAACUUUACCACGGCUGGCAAGCUCGUCGCGAGGCUCGAUAAGAUGCAGCGAGAAGCCAUCAUCAAAGAAAAGAAGUCUACAAAGAAGCUCAAGGAUGAUAAUGCUGUUCCUUUUCAGGCGUCUCCCUAUCAUGACGUCAGAUUCUUCAUUGGCGAAAAGGGCAAGGGGAGAAAUCGGAAUGGUAAAUCCACACAACGCAAGCACGUCAAGUUGGGGGCUUUCAAUAAGUGGUGCCGCUCAGCUUUGUUCCUGAGUGACCUUCCCAACCAGGAGAAAACAAUCAUUACAACAGAGUACGGCGACCUUAUCCUCGACGGCUCAGUCCGGGGAAACCUCUACCUGAAAGGCCUCUUGCUCAAGGAGUUUAGCCCAGGUGGAUCCGCAAGCGUGUCAGGACUAAAACUCAAGUAUGCAUACAAUUUUCGACAUGGCGAAACCAACCGAGACAGACAAUCUCGCACACACUCAAUCGAAGAAUACCGGACAAUCCUCAACAUCUGGAAUGACGUGUUGCAACUGAAACCAAAUCUCAUUGCGGCCCUUCAUGGCAUGCUUGUCUCCACGAAUCCAUUUGCGGACGUGCACUUGGCUGAGUCGCUUAUGGGGAUUGACUCGGCACAUAGAUUGAGAGAUCAUCUCUUUUAUGAUCGGGCUAAAUGGUACUAUUCCGAUGAAGAGAUGUCCAAGGAUCCUCGCCUCAAGAUAAUCAUGCAGGGAUUGGCCGGGACCGGAUCUAGGCUUCCUGGUUCUUACUGGUGGGUUUUGGCCAGAUUCCAUCUCAUCCGUACUGCAAAGGAAGAGCAGGAGGACCGGUUUAUGAAGUCGAGAAUCGCAAUGGUAUCACCGGCGAACAAAUUUGCCGAGAGUCUCGACAGGCUUCUUCGCUCAUGCUUACAAGGAAUACCUGGCCUGGACAAUAUCGACUUGGUGUUUGUCCGGGCGGGCCAGCUCCACCUCCACACUUAUCUCAAAGAUUCUAAAUUCAAGAUUCACGAGAGAUGGCUCGAUAGUGAACAGGUAGUGAGCGAACUCAAACUAUCCAGCGACGUUCCAGAAAGCGAUGUGCUCUUCCAUGCUGCCCAAUGGCUUGUCAGGGAGCUUAUUGACCAGAUACCAGAAGACAAAUUCCUUAGAAGCAAAGAGGGCACCGUAGAAUGGGACACCGUAGAAUGGGACAAGAGAAAGGUCACCAACUAUGCUGUUCAGAGGCUGUUAGAAUUUACCAACGUCAACAAUAGUGUCACGCUACAGCAAGCUCCGUCGGGUAAUGCGAACGAGCUCAUUCUAGAAUGGAAUCGCUUCUCGUCAUGGUGCCAAGUAGCAGCGAUAAAUGUACAGCUACAUCAUGAGGCCAGUUGCCGAAAACUUCACGACCGCCUCCUCUCCACCGAGUUCAAUACAAAGAACCUACCUUGCAGAAAAUUACAAGAGGGGCCAACGGAAGACGUCAAGCCAAUCUACUUUGCUAUGAUCACCAAGCACAACGAGCCCGGCUCUAUUGCCUUGUUUUCGGAAACGUGCAAAGUCCUUCGCCUACCGGCAGAAGUAGUCGACCUCACUAUGGAUGAGGUUCCAGCGCUUACGCAAUCCGCGAUCUCUCAUCAUUCGUUGGAAAGCCAGUCCCAGAGCGAGACAAGCCAAGUUCCACUCAUCUCGGUCGAUAAUGUAUCAAGUAGAUCAGAAUACGAGAAGGAGGAGGAAGGGGCACCUUCAUUCUGCGCUGGCAAACCGAUUGAAAAUCUGGAUCUUGAGCCUCGUGAUUGGUACGAGGCACGAUCACCCAAUGUGGAGGGUGCUGUUAUAGGAAUCCCCAAGCCUACAUCAACAAAAGGUCGCAAACGACGACGGGAACAACACGAUUUAUGCACUAGUGACAAGAUAUUUCUUGGAAUCAUUCUUUACACUCGCCCUCCAAAGAGGAACCGAUGA